GACAUAGAAAGGUACAAAGUUCAACGGAAACUGAGUAGGUGUAAAUCCCUGUAUUUACAGAACGACAAGGUCCGUCACGUUCACCGGAGACGGAUAGGUACAAAUAAGGGCACGCACGUCCUCUGUUGGGGUGUUACAUACCUUUUUUGUGACUAAGUGUUAUUUGCUUUCGUUGAAGCUGUCUAAUUUCCACCCAGGUACUUUCACUUUGCGAAAGCAGUGGGCACAGCAUCGUACAACCGGUAGCUGCUCAUCCGCUGUGAUAGAGCGGCAGGUAGCAGAUUUGUGAUAAUCAAGAGCUAAUAUUAUUCAAGUUUUCGGCCAGGUCAUAAAAUACAAAGAUUGAAGAAGACCGGCUUCAAUGUGUCCAUUAACUUUAAGAGGACCGUUGAUUGGAAUGGGUCACAGAGGACCAGAGGAAGUUAAACUGAAUUUAAUGAUAGUGCUUAAUGAAUAGCGCCCAGCUCCGAAUGUACUACGUAGAAUGGGGCCAUCUGAUCAGAAGGUGAAACCAAACAUGUAAUUGACAAAGGCAUACUGGUAGUUAGCUAAGAGACGAGAAGCCGGCCUCACACAAUCUCAGUGCAAACAUUAGCAAACAGCUACAAGAUAUUACACUGGCGAUGGACUUGGCGGAGGAGCCGGGGCAUUCAGAUGCCGACCAAGAAAACCCGAACCAGCGUCCGAUAUGUGAUGGGCAGCCAUUUCAGUUGCAAGAAUCCUACAAAGCUACGGCAAGGCUUACGUCUAGGGUUAUUGAACAGGUAGAAGAUCUCAGUGGAGCCAUGGACCUGAUGGAAGAGAUGCAAGUUUCAAUGGAAGGUAUUGAAACUCUAGACGACGCGUUGGAAAGACUGGAACUCCAUCGAAAGAAAAUGGAAACCGGCGGACGACCAAACGAGGGCAGUCAAGUGUUUACACACAUCAAAGACAUUGAUGACGAAGGACGCAGCAAUCUGCAGGCUAUUUUCAGUGACGUCAUAGAUCACAUGGCGUUUUUGGACCACGAAGGCGUCAUAGUGGAACGUCUUCGUGCGGAGGCGCUGCUGAAGGGACAGUCAGCAUCAGAAGACUUAAUGAUGCGACGAGCUGCACUGAACAGCGGGGAGUGUCCCAUACUUGUAGCGGGUGAGACAUCCUCGGGUAAAAGUUCUUUGUUGAAUGUACUCCUUCAAGACAAGGUCCUUCCGGAAGAUCACCUCCCUUGUACGGCUACCAUAACACGCAUCAAAUACGCCCCGCCUAAUGAAAAACGCAUUGUUAUUCGCCAAGUUAACGACUGUGCUCAUACAGACGACGAAAUGGAAACAGUUAUACCAUUAAAAGACGCUGGUGUAUCUAUCCAUGACGCUCUUAAGCCAUACCUUUUCCCCGAGGACAGAUCCAAGCAGUUAGCAUAUACUGUUGACAUAUUUCUACCGUUGGAUGUCCUAAAGAGUGGAGUGUACAUCGUGGACACGCCUGGUAUAGGGGAGAGUGAAAUCAUGGAUCGGAUACUGACAGAUUUCAUUGACCAAAACAGUGUAUUUGCCUUCAUUUACGUCAUUCUAAGCGAUAAUGCCGGCGGCGUGCAGGAAGACAGGCUUCAAAAGCUGCUGAAAAUGCUCGUUGAACAUCAGGACGCUGACAGUGCAAACUCAUUCGAUCCUAGAUCCGCCAUUUUCGUUUGUAAUCGAUGGGAUUUGGUUCCAAAAGAAGACAGGAAAAUGGUGAAGGAAAAAAUUAUUAAGGAUCUUGAUAAAUGUUGGCCUGGCAUCAGUCCAGAGAAGCAGGUGUUCACCAUGUCAGCAAAGAAAGCACGGGUCAGCAUGGGACUGGGCUAUGUAAGCGAUGACUAUGACACUCUACUAAAUGGAAUCAAGGAAUUGGUGCCAAUCAGCUUGCAAAGGCAGAUUCUACUGAGUUAUAACUGGUUGCGACGGUUUGUUACCAGAACCAUGACCACUGCCGAGGUUUACGUCUCCAAUGCGUCUUUGUCCAAGGAAGACCUGUUGAAGGUACAUCGCCAGGUGGAGCAAAAGCUGCAGACCUUUCGGGACAACGCUGAUUCCAAGAUGGAGGAACUCACAAAAGACUUAGAAGAUAACAUAGAAUUUACGGCCACUUGUUUGAAAGAUCACUUCUAUACAACUGAGGUAAAACAGGAACUAACAGAGUGGAAAUUGCCUGACACCCAAGGUGGAUUACUCUUUGAGGACUUUGAAUCGAUAAUAGAAGAAACCAUUAAUAAAAAAAUUAUGUCCAUAAUUUCAAGCUGGGAGAAAAAGGGGAACUACAUGGCUGCUGCACUGGAGUCGCAGUUUAAAAAGUAUGCCACGCACUUUCAACUGCUUGAAAGUGAAUUGAAGCAGAUAGAAGAUGAACUGAUUGAAAAAACGAAUGCAUACCCCAUGGGAAAUUUGCAGGACAUCACAGAUGAGUUUCAUAUCGAUGUGGAAGGAUUGAUGGAUGAUGACGUAGCCAGGACGCCGAUCAUGACAUUAAAAGAAAAAGUCGCCAUUGGUCUGUUUGCACCGGUAAUUCUGCCCGUUGGUUUCGUAGCUGGAAUCUUUGCGGCAAUUCCGAUGGCCCUGCUUGGACUUUCCAGUAUUAAGAAAUGGAUACGCCGCAAGAGACAGGACGAAGUUGUACAUCUCUAUCGUGCCGACCCAACAGAUUUUUCUGACAAAACAAGCAAACAAGAUAUGUGAAGUCUUCCAGGAUUUAGGCCACUGCAAGGAGUGCAUGGAAGGCCGAUUUGAAGAUGCCUCACACCAACUCGAGAUCAUGAAAACUCACAUUCCAAAGUUAGUAGAAGGCACACAAAGGCUUUUAACAUGCAUUCAAGACGAUCAGCGUUCCAAAGACAAAAUAAUUGAUACCUACAGACCCCUUGUGGAAACGCUUGGCAUUGGCCAGGGAUCAAUUUUGUAUCGCCUGGAGAGAUUCUAUUUGAAAUUCAUUGAUAGAAAAUCAUAUGGGGUUGAAAGCUUUUCAACCAUUCAACCAACUGAUUCCAUUGUUAGAAGCGGGAUCUGGUCGCAGGUCUACCCAUUACACCUGAAAGAUUCCGGAGAGAAAGUGAUGAUCAAGGCAUAUCUAGAAGUUACGGAGGAUGAUGUUUUAGAUGAUAUUGCAGCUUUGAGAUUUUUGGGAAAACCCGGGGAGAUAUAUGUCCCUGCACUAAUGGGGAGUUUCAAUGACCCGUCUACCAGCCUGCCGUCCUUGGUGUUCAGUGGCACAAUAAUGAGCUUGCGAAAACGGUGUGUCCGAAAAAUAGGCCACGUCUCAUCAAAAGAGGAUUGCAAGUGGCGGUUAUUCGUCAGUUUGAUCCCCCUUCUCCAGCAGCUGAUAGACGCGUUGGAGUGGCUUCACCGAAAGGGUUUUGUUCAUAUGGAGUUGUCCAUGGAGACGGUGAUGGUGGAUCAACCGCCGGAGAAACAUGGACACAUUCAACUCUUUAACAUUGGGUGUCCAAGACCGGCGAAUAUCCCUUCAGCUGGACGCCUACAGCCCCUCGGUGCCUGCAGAUAUUUGCCGCUAGAGGUCCUCCAAGGCGGGGUGUACACACACGAUGGCGACAUCUAUGGUUUUGGUUUGAUAAUGUGGGAGCUGUGGAACGGUCAGCAAGUCUACGAUGAUGCCAGUGACGUCACCGUAGAAGAGUUCACUAACCGUCUCCUAACAGGAGAGGCGGUGCUGUCAGCACUCAGCGAUGUUCACGGUGCCAACGCCCAGGGACUGGAGACCAAGUGGUGGGCGAUUAUCCAGAAGUGCACCCAACGUCAGCCUGAAGAGCGACUUAAUCAGAAUCAGAUAAAGAGAGAGUUGGAAGCAUACGUUGGUAGUAUACUUGCCAAACCAACACUGAAAAAGGGGUAUGAACCAGUAACACCUCAACUGCCGCAAGUAAACUAUAAACCGGGAUAUCGCAACCCUGAUAUCAGUGAAUCCUGAAUAUUUCUUGCGUGAAACAAAUUGGAAACCAAAUACCACAUAAAUGUUGGUAUAGUUGUGCUAUGGCUAGCACAGCACUGAAAAAGUUCAUUGGCUUGGAUGAGCUUAGGUAUAAAAAAGUGUUCUGGAGUGCUUUAAAUAACGCAAUAUAUGGCUAAUAGGCGACUGUCCAUGGUUAAGGGGAAUUAUGCUUGGCUGGUAACUAACUGAUAACCAGUACUUCAAUUUGAUAGCCUAUUAGUUUAAGGGACCGUUCUCAUGAAAAAUCUAUUUUCUAAAAAUCUAUUGGCGGUAUCUUGUGAUCACGGUCUGU